AUGAAUCGCGGAGGAAGAAACAACGGAAUCUAUGCGGCCGAAACGAUUCUUAAGCGCAGAGUCAGAGAGGUAAGGAAGGAGUAAAUUUGCCUCAUAUUGUGGUGGAAAAAUCUUUAUUAAUCCAGCGGUCGAUGGUUUGUUUUGCAGGGCAAAAUUGAAUAUUUCAUCAAAUGGAAGGGUUACUCGCAAAAGUAAGCAUCGUGAAUUUCACGUGCAUAAUUUACCAAUAAAUGUUUUAGAUGUCCCUAUAUUUAUUGCUGGAUUUACCGAUAAUAUCCAAUUAGAUACAAUACUUGGGAGCCGGAAGAAAAUGUGCUUGAUCCUAGAUUAUUGAGGGCUUUUCGACAACGGCUGGUAGUAAGGUGAGAGCAGAUUCACUUCUACACGAUCAGACAUGUUUGUUUCACUCCGCACUGAAGUUUGUUUAUAGCAGUUAUCUAGCAGUCAUAUGUUAUCUUAAUAUAGCGAAAUAUGAAUUUCGGAAAGUGAAAUUACGAUCAACAUUCUGGUCGAUCGCAUAGGUGAAAUUUUUUACCAUCUUCUUUCGAAAUUAAGCUUAAUUUGUUCGUGUCAAUAAUAUUUUGGCUUAAUGAAUUCACGAAAGCAAUAGCAUUCGAAACUUUUUUAUUGUAAAUAUUAUUUUUUUUAAAAAUUAUAUUUUUAACGCUUUUUUAUAGCUUGCAAACUAAUCCCCCUUUCAUUUGUUUUUCGCUUCUUUUUAAAUGUAGUAAGAAGGGGAAAUUUAAAGGAAAGAAAAGGCGAAUGAUUGUCUCUGAAGAGAGUGUGAGUAUGACAAGACUUCCUCUUAUUAUACGGUAAAAGUGUGAUUUUUUUAGAGGUAUUAGCUGUCAGUUUUUAAUUUGACUUUCAAGAAAUGAAACUUAAAAUCUCAUAAUUUCCGUGAUGGUUAUACUACCAGAUAGGACGUAUUUUAUUCUGUAUAUUACAGUAAAAUUAUACAGGAUUCAAAUCGGGUAGAGAAUACCGCAACAAGCUUAUACGUAUAGAAGACUAUUUUGGUUUAAUUAAUGAAGAGUUUUCAGAUGUUCGCUAAAUUAUGACGUUACUUAUCAGGUGUACAACUUCGUUAAGCUACUAACCUUACAGUACUGUGAAAAAUAUUUUUGUUAACACGUAUCAUUUUUGGUUUGCACUGUAAAAAUGACUUCCGGUUUGAACUUGUUUCUUCUUGUUUGUCAAAUGGCAAUUCUAAAACCUUCUUGAAUUAAUUAGAUAAGAUACUACUUUCAAAGGGGUAUCUAAAAACUUCCGAUGUGAAAGUGAUGAUUUCUAGGGCUACCAUUAAAAUUUCUUCAAAACUUUUUACUAAGUUAAUUUUUUCUUCCCUUUUGAGCCUGCAAAGGUUUGCUCUUUGUGCAGUAAAUUUGUUUUUUAUAUAUAUAUAAUUUGUUUUUUAUAUAUAUAUAUAUAAAAUUUUGAAUCCUUGGAUUACAUGACACAGUAAAUAAGCAUUGCUUUCCUUGGCUGUACCUUGUUUACACAUACAAUGUACAGUCGACUCCGGAUAACACUAACCCUCUAGGGAAAUUGAAAAAAAUUUGAGUUAUUGGUAGUUCGAUCCAAGCUAAUAACCAGAAAUAAGGAAAUGGUAUGAGGAAGGAAUGUACAAUGGAUCAUGUACACUUCAUGAUCACUUCGAGAUAUUGAUAUUUUGAAAUAGGAAUACAAAGAAGAUAUGGUUUGUUUUGAAAUAAAUUCAAUGUUUCCGACUGCAGUACAAUUUUUUUUUACUCCAGCAUACGUUUAAAACGUGGUUUGAGUUAUCCAGUGUAAAAUUAUAUGAAAUAGUCUGAAGCGAAACAAAAAUUACUUUGAGUUAGCAGGAGGUUUGAGUAACCGAGGGUGAAAUUACCAUAAAUGUAUGGAGGAAAUCAACCAGGGGAAAUCGAUUUUGGUUCUAGUUACCGUAAGGUUGAGUUUAUAGCAAAGGUUUGAGUCAUUGGGAGUUGAUUGCAAGUAAACUCAUAUCCGCCGGAAAAGUUAGGAACACAUUUUACAGCUUCUCAGGAAGGUAUUGCUCAGCAAUUAUCCCUCUUUAGGAUUUCAUCUGCAGAUUGAAAAGUGCAAACCACCUUGUACCACAUAAUAAACAGCACCACAGGAAAGUACUGCUCAGUGCUCAGUAGCUUUUAUUUGAAUGGUCACAUUUCAUCUUCAGACUCACAAGUCAGAACCACAUUGUAUGUACAGCGUAAUAAACAGUACUACAGGAAAGUACUGCUUAGUAGCUUUCAUUUGAAUGGUCAGAUUUAAAGAUUUCACCCACGGACUCAAUACUCAGAACCACAUUGUACUGCAUAGUUAACAGUACUACAGGAAAGUACCGCUCAGCAGCUUUCAUUUGAAUGGUCACACUUAAAGAUUUCAUCCACAGACUCAAAGUUCAGAACCACAUUGUACAACAUAAUAUACAGUACCACAGGAAAGUACUACUCAGUAGCUUUCAUUUGAAUAGUCAAAUGUUCUAAGGAACCACUUUGCACAGCAAAAUUACCAAUAACCUGCAAUAAUUGCAGUCCUUCUCUUUUUCUCUUUUUUUCCCUUCGCCUGUCUGCCAACUUUUUGUGCUCAGCCGAAAAAGAAAGAAAAAAAAAAGAAUUCUUGAUUGUAGUAUAGGCCAAUUGAUUAAUAAGAUAUUAUGCUCAGUAACUUUCAUUCAAAUGCCCAAACUUAAGGAUUUGUGCCCUGGGGGGACUUCCAUUUAUAUGCAGGCCGGGGGCUAAGCCCUAGCGGUACCCAGUAGCCCCCGGUAACUUCUGCUCUUGGGCAACUAGGUAAUCUUACUUUUUUUCAUAAAAAUACUAUGCUGGACACCCUGGAUUUCAUAGGUUUGGGGCAGAACCUUGAUAUGAAAGGGACAGAUAGAUGGCCAUUGAAAAAGUAGAAAUAAACGUCAAAGGAGACCCAACUUUGGUGUGUGUGCAGACGUCCCCCUCCACUCAGAAAGAGGGAAGGAGGAUAUCUGUACACAGGCGAGACCAAUUUGUGUUUGGCUCAGGCUUUACUUUUGACUACGACUAGUCCCCCAUUUUUCCUUAGGGAUAGUAGAGUGAGUGAAAUGCUAGUGCACCUGAAAAUCACCCCAUGUGAGAAAAGGCGACAUGCAGCGGGGGGAGAGAAAAUUUUUUCCGCGUUUCGCUCGCUCUACUAUCCCUGGGGAAAAAUGGGGGACUACUUGUAGUCUAGCUUUACUUGACCAUACUAAAGGAGAUAAUCAAUUAACAGGCUUACUUAUUUUCACUGCUCCAUGCAAAGAUGUUGGCAUUAAGUGCAGUGUGGUGUGACAUCUUGAGCAAUUUUGUCUUUUUCAUGGUAGUCCCCCUUCCCUAGAAUUUUGCCCCCAGACAAGUCAGACUUAAACAGUAUCACCUGGUAAAUAAAAUGUUAAAUAACCCAGAUAACAGCAGAGUGCUUAUACAAUCAGUAGCCCAGUUAAAAUAAGAGUUAUUGUGCUUAUUUUGUGAAAGCAGAAGCAUAAAGCUGCCAGUGAGUGUUAAGAAAAAUAAUUGAGCUACAAAAGGUCACACUGACUUAUAUUUACCACCAUGGAUAAUCUUGUGCCCUUGCCUAAUCCCUCUGAGGUCAAUUUAUUUAUGUAGCCAAAAGUUUUCAGGUCCGUGGUCUGGGUGAGUGACUACGUCAUAGAAAUGCAUUGACUGCGAAUGCCUGAGACGAUCCAUAACAGUAACUAGGCAACUUUUGCCCUACAUUGUCCUACUCCAGUUUGCUUUUUGUGUAACAGUGCCACACCCUGUUGGUCACUGGUAGUUAGGCACAUGUAUAGAUCACAUUUUUGCAUCUCUCAGUACUAAUCUUAUGUCUCCAUUGUUUAACUGUUUUGGUCCCUAUAGUGGCCUAUGAAAAAAUUUUCAAAGAAAAAUUAGAAUUGCUCCUUUUAUAAUCUUAAGACAUAUUUAUAUCCAUGCAACCGAUCUACCAAGUUCCAUUAUCUCGCUUAAACUUGGUCUGGAAGUGAGAAGUAUAGUUUCUGGACGCUCGUGUGAACAUAAACAUCGGAAAACCUUUUUUGGACAUGUUCAGAUCUGCAAUAAAUCAUUUUUCUUUUAGGCUGGGCUUUGUGUUAUUAUAGUAAGCCAGCCCUAUAACUGAACUUAGAGCUUCUCAUUUCUAAGACAUUUGCCAUCAUGGAGAUGCUAAGUGUGACGAUAAUUCUUGUAUGGGUUACUGCACAUUGUUUCCCUGUGAGGCACAGUUUACUUUGCAGUACAAGGAUGUUCUUACUUUUGAAUGCACAAAAGAGAGAUAAAAUCCCAAAAUUUCUUAAGUGUGACCAUACUAGUCAAAACUACCGAGCACUACUUUUCUUUGGUGCUGUUUAUUGUGCUGUACAAGGUAAUUCUAAUUUUUGAGUCUUGUGGAUGAAAUUCUUUAAGUCUGAUAAGGCAAUGAGUAGUCAGCAAAAGGCUGAUGUACUCAGGCUUAUGAAACCCAGCCUUGUCCUCAGUCGUUUGUUUUAAACGCCGAUACCUAGGAGCGCGAGAGGUCUGAGGACGAGUUAAGUCAAAGCGAUAACCUCACAAACUACUUACAAUUUUUUUUGUUACUAGCGGACGAUGCUGUCUUAGUCUUUCCUAUUUCUUUUGAUCUUGUACGUGUACCGAAAAGAAAUAGAGAAUACUUCAUGGAAAGUGCUGGCGUACGGUAUUUACGCACGAGUUGUUGACGUAUCAGAAAUCGAACGAGUGAGCGCAGCGAACGAGUAAGAUUUCUGAUACAAAAACAACGAGUGCGUAAAUACCGUACAAAGCACUUUCCAUGUGGUAUUGUGUUUAUUAUAUACAUACUGAGUCAUUCAUCAUUUUGCGGGCCUUUUUAUUUUAAAUCUUUCAAAAAUGCUAAAAUUUGCCGCUACACACUUACCGCAAAAUGACAACGAAAACGAAGUAUCAGCUUUUUAGUAAAAACGUUUGUUAAAAACAUAAAUGACGGUGAGGUAUGAGGUUUAAUCCAAGAACUAUAAGUAAUCUUAACUGUUUGUUCUCAAUGCACAAUUGAAAAUGAGUGAAUUUAAGUAAAAUGGCCGGUUUCAAUAUAAGCUUAAGCUUAAAUGAAAGGCAAAGUAGCUCCGACAAAAAGCACAACAAAAGCUUACGUCUCGUUCUGUUUAUCCCUUUCCGCUGUUGUUUCGCCGGCUCUCUACUGUAUUUUUUUAUCGACAGUGAAACAAACGAAACUAUUCCACUCCAUUUCCGAAAUGUUUUUCACUUUUUUAGCGAGAAAAACUCCUUGAGUAAAACUUUUCUCGUUGAUAAAUGUGUGCGAAGCGGCGCUGCAAGCUGCAAUAAAAGGCGGGAAUUUUGGCGCGAAACUCGCGCACACUUCUGUGGCUUCUGAUUGGACGUAUCAUUUUUCUCACACGUGAAAAAACAUCGUUCGCGAUUCUGAUUGGACGUAUCGUUUUUUUCACGUGUAAAAACCAUCGUUCGCUCCUCUGAUUGGCUAUAACUAAUUUGAGAACGAAAAUUUACGACAUAGCUUUUUGGUGAGUAUUUCUCAGUAUGUAUAUAAUAAAUACAAAGACGUAGGAGGCGAAUUAACCAAGUAGGGAAGGGAAUUGAAAUGCGUCUAGGCGAAAUCAUGGACUGCAAAUCACUUGAGGAUUCUGGAUAUUCCAUUGAUUCCAAGUGCAAAUUGCAUGCUUAAAUUUUAAAAUUUUUUAUUUCUCUGUUCUUAAAUAUCUAGCCAGCCGAAGUUGGCGAGCCUUCAGUGGACGUUGAACAUGUCAGUGAUCGCGGGGGUGACUGCGAAAUGGAUGGUUCAUCGCAAGAAGUUCUCCCGCCGCCUGUGAAACGAAAGCGUCGUCGGAGAAAACGAACGGUUCCGAAGGUGGACGAGAGUGUCAACGAGAAUGUGCCACAGCCCUUAACUGAAUCUGAAGUAGCUCUCGGCACGGAUGAGCCAGGAGUAGUGAAGGAAAGUGUUGAAGUACCUGCAUCGGUUGAGAUGAAGAGUGAAAGCGACCACGAUGUCCCUGUUUCAGCGGAUAACGUUGAUACGGAAAUAGGGAUAACUGCUUCAGCUACUGCAGAAGAAACAAAGAUCAGCAUACCCGCUAAUUCAGCUCAGUUCUUAAAUACGAACAAAUGCGAUUUGGAGGGACCACAUGCCAGCGAAAAAACUGCAACAAACGACAUUGACAAGCAGACGAAAACAAGCACUGACAAUCUUCCUUCAAGUUCGAUGAACCCCCCGACCUAUUCAAGACAGGAGACUCCGAUUGGAGCCCCCGCAGAAGUGAAAAAGAGUCCGUUGAUAUCGCGUUAUUCCCGGUUCGAAUUCUUGGCUAACAGCAUGAUAAUCACCGAUGUGACUACAGAGAGAGGAACUGUCACCGUGAAGGAGUGUUCGGCGUAUGAAGGGUUUUAUGGUCCCGAACCGGACAAAUCUAGUUGAUACGGAUAGAACAACAACCGACGCAAAACGCGUUUUCAUUCGUAUUUUAACAGAUUUGCGCAUACGUAAUUGUCACUUCACACUUCCUGACGAAGAUAGCCCAACAUAGAUUAGUUGUCAACUGAACUGAGCUUUGACGUAGAGGAAAAUAUUAAAAAACAACGAGAAAAAAUUAAUACUUACUAGAGAUACCUUACAAGAAAUGCAGAGAGGUUUCAGAGACAAACUAUUUACAUUAUUUAUUCGCUUAACAUAAACGCUCUAUUUACAAUGGAAGAUAAAUUUGGUAAAUACAGUUUUACGAAAUGUUGUUGUAGUAGUUAGGACAAGAAGAAAGACUCGCGAAAAGUAUGGUUAGAUUUUACAUGUAAUUUAUAAAGACAUUUUGGAAAAGGAUGGUAGGACAAAAUACGCGAGAAAAAUGAAAACAAUUGAUUUGUAACUUGUGCUCAUUAAAUUAUCUCUUUAGCACACUGAUGGUGGACAUAGUUAAGUAUGG